AUGCGCGCCGGCGACGGCACUAAAGGACCCUUGAGAGAUGUGGUGGAAAGACAGAGACUGGAAGGUUACAUCCGAUCGUACGGCGACUUCGACGAUCUGUGGAUGCCAUGGAAGGCCGCCGAUCUCCGACCCUUUGCCUUUGUGACCUUCAAGGAGUCUUCAGCCGCGCAGCGGUUUGUGGAGUGGUCUCCGCACAGGGUCCCAGAAUCUGAGGUGGAGAUCAUUGCCAAGUUGGGGCAUGGAGCGAAGAAGGCGAAGGCGAAUGGGAAUUCAUCCGCUUCCAAUGGUCUGGAGGGAAUGCUUCAGCCGUUGGAGGUCGAUGAGGAUGUGUCGUUGGAGAACUAUCAUGCGGCGUCGGAGCAGAAGAGAGACAUCUUCACAAGCAUCCUCAAGUCCCAAGAUCCGUCUCACCAAGAGAAGCUGGCAAGAUCCUCGCAGCUCAUCAGGGGAAGAGAGGUCCGAAAGAGCAAGCCGCGUCUCCACCUCUUCUGUGGUCCGCCUGCAACUGGAAAGACUCUGGCCAUGCGGGUUCUUGCGGCCGAAGGAGGCCUCAAAGCAUUCGUUCUGAAGCUGGGGGAGGUGGGAUACGACACGCCGACGGCCUUUCAGGAUUCAUUGAAGGAGGUUGACAAGAUGGCAUCCGGGCCCGAUGGGGUCGGGGUCGCGGUCUUUAUCGACGAAGCAGAGCAAAUCUUUAGCCGCCGACGCGACAUGCAGAAAGCUUCAAGCGUGAAAGUGGAGGGGAAGAAGGAGAUCGUCAGGGCUUUCCUGGAGUGGACUGACGGCUUGCAGAGCAGACAGCGCGAUGCCAAGCCGAUCGUCAUCGUGAUGGCCACCAACUUGCGAGACAGCAUUGACGAGGCCGUGCAGAGCCGCGUGGGCAAAAUCAUCAACUUUUCAAGGCCGACCUUUGCGCAGUGCAAGCAGCAUUUCGCAGCUAACGCGCCCAAAGUGAAGCGCUGGCACUGGCUGCUGGCCGUCUCCAGCCGACUUCUGUUCAUGGACUUUCGGGAGUUAGAAGCGGUGCAUGAUCUCGUGUGCGAGCGGGAUGCCGAGAAGCCAGUGCAGGGAGAAGUGACGGCCUUGUCGGAUUCUGGGCUUGUCCAAGAUUACCUUCCUGCGAUCCGGUCCGUGUGGUUGCGGCGGAGCAGGGCAGGGUGGGAGUUGAUGGAUGUCCUGAGCCUGAUCACUUGGAAGCUCCCAUAUUUCUCCUAUCACUUGCGUGUGGUGAGACCUUGCUUGAUUUGA